ACGCCCGACUGGUCCCCCGACACAGUGCUGUGGAGAUCCUUGCCCAACUCUGUGGUCGACAAUCGUUCUAGUAGGAGCUCCUCGGGCAUACCGACAUCUCUGACCGACUCAACCAUCGAAGAAGAUUCAGUAGGGACCGCCAAGUCCUUGAUGGCGUCAUCUCUGUACUCAACAGCGUCAUCCUCCCUCCGAUUGAAUCCGCAGCUGGUGAACACCCGAGUAGAAAUGGUUUAUUCCCUUCUGUCGACGUUGGCAACUGAAGAUCGCGAUGACGUUUCUGCCACUCUUGAGACCAUGACAACUUCGAAAGAGAGUUGCCUCGCGAUGCGACAGAGCGGCUGCAUUCCGCUUCUCGUUCAGCUUCUCCAUGGGAUUAUCGACGAGCACGGGAACCCGAAAGGUCGACUCCGAACUCGUGAGUCCAGAGUCCGGGCCGCCAAGGCUCUGCACAACAUUGUACAUGCUUUGCCCGACGACAAACGAUCCAGACGCGAAGCUCGUGUUGUCAAGCUUCUGGAGCAGGUCCGAGACUUCUGUGAUGCGCUUGAAGAAGGUGAUCAGGCAGAGAAUUUGGAGAAUGAGAAUAAGGAAUUCGAACAUCCAACCUCAGCGGUUGCCGCCCUCAUGAAGUUGUCUUUCGACGAGGAGCACCGCCACGCCAUGUGUCAACUCGGUGGUCUUCAGGCGAUCGCAGAACUCCUUCACUGCGAUUUCGCUGCUCAUGGUCACAACCGUGAGUCCUGCCUCCUGAUACGUCGCUACUCGGGCAUGGCUCUGACGAACCUGACCUUUGGCGAUGGCAACAACAAGGCGGCACUUUGCUCGAUGCGAAGCUUCAUGACAUCUCUCGUGGCUCAAUUGGAUUCUCGAUUCGACGAUCUGAAACAGGUCACCGCGAGUGUACUGCGUAACCUAUCCUGGCGUGCCGACAGCAUGAGCCGAGUCUCUCUGCGAGAAUCGGGCAGUGUCAUUUCCCUCACAAAGUGCAUGAUGUCCAUGGAAAAAGAAGGAACCCUGAAAUCCGUCUUGUCGGCUCUGUGGAACCUGAGCGCUCAUUGUACUGAAAACAAAGUUCAGAUCUGCUCUGUCGAGGGUGCCCUCGGUUUCUUAGUCGGGACCCUGACGUACCGGAGCCAGGGCAAAACCCUUUCAAUCGUGGAGAACGGCGGCGGAAUCUUGAGAAAUGUCUCAUCGUACGUCGCAACACGAGACGAAUACAGAGCGAUACUGCGCAGACACAGCUGUCUCGAAAUUCUUCUCCAACAACUGAAAUCUCCGAGUCUUACCGUGGUCAGCAAUGCGUGUGGAACGCUUUGGAAUCUAUCCGCGCGCUGUCCCCAAGAUCAAAAACGACUCUGGGAGCUGGGCGCUGUCGGUAUGCUGCGCAAUCUGGUCAACUCGAAACACAAAAUGAUCUCGAUGGGCUCGUCCGCCGCUCUCAAGAACCUUUUGACGGCUCAGCAUCUCUCCGAUUCUCUAGAAUGCGGCGGGCUCGAGUCAAGACUGAGCUCGCUCGUCUCCGAGGAUUUGUCUCUCAAGAGUUCCGAGACGAGCUCGAUCAGAAGUUGUGACACUCCCGUAUUGCUGGCCCGCAAGGCCAAGAAUCUCAAGCAGCAAUACAUAACGGGUGAAAACGCCAAAAACCUCAGUGAAUUGUGCGACAACAUCGAAGCGUCGCCGAAGGCCAGCCCCGUGUCCGAGAAGAGAUCUCUCUUCUUCCCUUCGCUGCCGGGUCGCAUGCAUUAUUCUGUCGGCGAACACGUACCGCGGUCCGCAUCGAGGGACUCCAUACGGUCGACGUAUUCUGAGCCAGGCUAUGUACGCCCCAGACCGCACUCCUUAGGCCAACUGCGGCAUUCGAGCAUCGAUCGGUAUUCACACAUCGAUUGGAGCACUACUUCAGCUUUCCUGGCGUCUUCUGAAGGAACCCGAGCUGCAUCGGCUCGUCGGCGACCCGCGAGCUCCUCCUGCGUGAGGCCGACGUCGACAUACGCUUCGUUCAUAUCGACUUCAAUUUUCGAAGACAAGGAGGAGUUUUCACCAACGAAUAGCAAGCAAGGAACUCCACACAGAGAACCUCGCAGAUCUGCGAGAGACCCACCGAGAGAUGUCAAAGCACGAAAAGAUACCUCGGAAAAGAAACUCUCUAUCGAGAAAAGAUCGGCGAUACCGAGCCCAAUGAGUGGGUCUAUGACGGACUCUCAGACUUCCGGCUCGUCUCCAUUGAAACGCAGCCGGAUCCCUCAGGUCAAGAGACCGACGGAAUCCCCUCCGCCCCCGCCGUCGAUGAACAAGAAGAAAACCGCUCCGGUGGAGCCCCGCUCGACGGAGACUGUUUCCAUGGAAAUUCCGAAUCCGGGCCCUACCCCGGGAAACCUCACCGUGAGCUCCUCGACAGAUCCAGCGUCCUCGGACUCGGAAACCAACCUUUCACUGCCGGAAAAACCUCCGACCGUGGCGGUCAGGAGUGUGAAACCGGUUCCAACGCCGCCUCCUUCGUCGCCGAAUUUCCCCUCGAAAAAGAGCUCCGGAAACAACAACGAUUCCGACAGGAACUCAUCCUCCAUAUCGGACAAAAGUCCACCGCCCUCGCCGCGGAAAAGCCUCACGAACAAGCACUUACGAGCUAUCGAGAUCGAGGACGACUCGAGCAUCACUUCCGACCUUGGCGGGGUCCAGCCGCCGUCCUUCUUCAACGAUUUGGGCUCGAUGGCGAGCAGCUGUGGGUCUCUGGAACUCACUGGAGAUCGUACUCCCGGGAAGAAACUCUCGCUCCAGGCCCGACAAUGCUGGAACGCAGACGAAUGGAGUCCGAAAAGCUGCGAAAACCUCGACAACGUUAUGCCGCCCUCAGGCUUGAACUCGGUCGAAUGCCUUUCGCUCGGGAGCUCUAUGAACUCCGAUCUCCUGCUGAACGCCAAUCCGCCUUCGUACAUGGAGGACCACUCGUUCGACGACCGCACGCAUGACGUCAUUGCAGCCGACGAGACCUACACGCGAGACGUUGUAAAUCACAAUGAACCGCCGAUUUACCCUCGCGUCAGCGCCGCCACGUACACUCAACAGAAUCCGCAAUUCGCAAACAACAAGCCUUCGAACAACUGCGUCGCUCAAUUGCUGGACGAUCCGACCGAGAUCGGAUCGGACGCGUUCCUGUCAGAUGUCGAAGGUGAUGAUCUUCCCUACGAUUCGAGUACUGAAUAUUACACCUGUCGACAGUCUACGGAAACGUUACGCGCUUCGCACUUCAUGAGCUGCAACAGCGGCCACUCGAAGGACGCGACUGUUGGUAGCAGCGAGAAUCUCACAUCACUCGACAACACGCUGACAUUCGACGUGUCGGCGGGCAGGAGGAACUCCUGCGCUGAUCUGACGUACGACGCUACGCUAGUAUACGAGCCAGCCGAUGACGAGUGCUCUGUCGUGAGCAGCGUUGACGACGCCACCUAUGACAUCUCGUCGCCGCGGCCCCAAACUCCUACGAGAGGUGCUAGAAUCGUGAAGCCAGUUGUGAUCAACGGUGUGCCCGUAAUGCCGGGAUCGCCCGCGAAACCGCCAGUCGUAAUCAUAGCGGGGAGAAACUCAACGAAAAAUUCCCCUAAGAAAGUACCAACGGUACCGAUUCGCCAGACGAGGGCGAGUGCUCUUCGAGCCUCGAGGGCCCAGAUUCCGGCUGAGCUGGAGAGAUCGGGCUCGAGAUCCACGAGCUCGUCGCCGGCGAGAUCGCCGCCAGUGAGCGCCAGGCUUUCAAGUCCGGCCAAUCGCCGCCCCCUCCCGAGAACGGCGUCGUCGCCGACCCCGAGAACGCCUAUCGGCGGAAAAGCUCCGCAGGUGGCGAGCCCGCUCGCCUCACGGAGCUCGAGUCUCAACAGCAGAGUUACGUCGGCCGAUAACGUGCGUCCACCUACCGGUCCGAAAACUCAAAUUGAGAACCAGCCCCCCAAGCCCGCCGCUCUGACGAAACAAGGUACAUUCACGAAAGACUCCGGUGAGCUCGCUCUGAAGCCUGCUCCUGCGAUACCAGCCAGGACCAUCGUGCCAAACGCAACCUCUGUCCAGAACAAUCAGGCAAAAGCAAACACAAUGAAUGCGGUCCGUGCUCCCAUGCACAAAUCGUCGUCCGUGAGCCACAACAUGACUCGAAGCACCCACCCGACUCUCAACAGGGCACAGUCUGACGCUGCGCAAAUGAGCAAAUCCGUCGUCCAGACGGCAACUCAAAGAAACUCCCGCAGGGUCCCCUUGGCAAUGCGGACCACCGCCGCUUCUCGCGCCCGCGCGGCAGCGAUCGCUCAUGCAAAAGCGCAACCAAGCCAGGCACGCGUUGUUCUCACGAAACGAGCCAUCACUAGUAUAGAACGACCAACAUCGAACUCGAUCAACAACAACGUGAACAACAACAAUUACGAGAACAAUGACUUCACCAUCAACAAGAACAACACGACGGCUUUUCACGCUAACGACAGCUCAUCUUUGAUUCGGAGUGGAACUUACGAGAAGAUCAACGAAGUAGGGCUCACUGCCUACCCUGAUUCGAACGAUAACGAGAAGAGCCGAACCGUCGGCGCCCAUCCAGUGAGACCCAGUGAGUUUUGGUCGACCUCGAAAACGUCAUCAGCUCCCCAGAGUUCUCAGAAAACCACCGGAUUCUUGAAGAGAUCCGUGGCCGCUUACCGGAAGGUGGGCGAUUCGUCCCCUGUGGCCGCUCCCCGUUCGAUCCCUGGACUUCGGAGUCCAUCCGAAGUGACGAAACUGGUCGGUCCGUCGGUUGCGAGUGUUGCGUCUCCCGCAGCAGUGAUCGCACCGUUCAGCUAUCGUCCACGUUCGACACCAACCACCCCGAACGGCUCAAAGAUUCCCAUGAUCAGGAGCGAGGACAAGAAGCCAUCAACUACGCCCGAUGACGAGGGGUACGUUGUGGCCACAGCUCGUCUAGUCACAACUGUAUAG